AUGGCGCUAGUGGCACGAGAACUGGCGCGCUACAAGGUGGAUAUCGCCGCACUCAACGAGACCCGUUUCUCCGAACAAGGUCAACUGGAGGAGGUGGGUGCCGGCUACACCUUCUUCUGGAGCGGUCGACCCAGGGCAGAGCGACGGGACGCGGGUGUCGCCUUCGCCAUUCGGAACGACAUCGUGGGACGACUGUCCUGUUUGCCGCAGGGCAUCAACGAUCGCCUUAUGAGCCUCCGCCUGCCUCUCCGGCGAGGAGGCAAGUUCGCCACCAUCAUCAGCGCCUACGCUCCGACGAUGACCAACCCCGACGCCGUCAGAGACAAAUUAUACGAGGACCUGCACGCCCUCUUGGCGACUGUGUCGAAGGCGGACAAGUUGAUUGUCCUUGGUGACUUCAACGCCCGCGUCGGCACAGACCAUACUGCCUGGAGAGGAGUGCUGGGUCCCCACGGUCUCCGCGGGUCAAACGACAAUGGUCUGCUGCUUCUCCGCACCUACGCAGUACACCGCCUCAUCCUGACGAACACCUUCUUCUGUCUGCCGGAGCGAGAGAAGGCCACCUGGAGGCAUCCUCGGUCGCGCCAGUGGCACCUGCUGGACUAUGUCCUCGUCCGGAGGCGAGAUCAGCGGGACGUGCUGGUGACGAAGGCGAUCGCGGGCGCUGACGGGUGGACCGACCAUCGCCUCGUCAUCUCGAAGAUGCGUAUUCGCCUACAGCCUCGCAGGAGACCACAAGGUAAGCGACCCCCAGGUAAACUGAAUGUCACUUUGUUUUCUUUGCCCGCUCACCGUCUUUAUUUCAGCAAUGAGCUAGCUCAAAGGCUAGACAACCUUCCUAUCGCUGCCGCCGCUAACGACACCGCCGCUGCCGAGAACGCCUCCGUAGAGAACCGCUGGUGUCAACUGCGAGACACGGUCCAGUCGACGGCGCUCGCCGUCCUCGGUCGCGCUCCCCGCCAACACCAGGAUUGGUUCGACGACAACGACGCUGCCAUCAGAAAUCUGCUAGUUGAGAAGAACCGCCUACACAAAGCCUACGUAGAUCACCCCAUUGAUGCCACCAAAGCUGCCUUCUACCGCAGUCGCGGCCAACUUCAACAACGACUGCGCGAGAUGCAGGACGCCUGGACUGCUCGCAAAGCUGAGGAGAUCCAAGGCUACGCGGACCGCAACGAAUGGAAGAACUUCUUCUCUGCGAUCGAAGCUGUCUACGGUCCACCGACGAAGGGCACUGCUCCUCUCCUCAGCGCCGACGGCAACACUCUCCUGACUGAGAAGACGCAAAUCCUGCAGCGAUGGGCCGAGCAUUUCCGAGGCGUCCUCAGCCGCCCCUCCGUCAUCUCCGACGCCGCCAUCGAGCGUUUGCCACAAGUGGAGACCAACGCGGACCUCGACCUCCCGCCAUCUCUCCAGGAGACCAUCAGGGCCGUGCAGCAUCUCUCCAGCGGGAAAGCACCCUGA